UCCUUGAAGUUUGCUUCCAUGGGUACGUGUUUUCCUGUUGAUGGCAAAGAAUGCCCCUCCUCCACCUGGAUCCAACCAUCCAAUAGCAGCAGCAUGCAGGACAGCAAGAUCACUCUUCUGUUGAUUGCAUUAUCCUAGCUAGAUAGCGACCAUGAUGAAAUUAGCCGUAGCCAUCACCGCCAUCUCGGCGGUUAGCGCCUUUUCCCCUGCCGCCACAGUAGUUCGUCCUACCUCUGCCUUGGGAAUGCUACCCAACAACCAACAGCAAUCCUUUUAUCCAUUUCCAUCCACUACUGCAUUGGAACAAUCGGCAGCCAAAGAUAAUCAAAAGCCCAUCAAUGCAGAAGCCGCCGAUGGCAGUGCCGGGGUGCGACAGCUAUUGGGUGUCAAGGGUGCCUCGGAAACGGACGAUAUUUGGAAAAUUCGUCUGCAGUUGACCAAGCCAGUCACGUGGAUCCCCUUGGUGUGGGGUGUCAUGUGUGGCGCCGCAGCGUCGGGCAAUUAUCAUUGGAUGUGGAAUCCCUUUGACCCCAACGAUCGCGAUGUCUUGCUUGGACUGGAGGAUGCUGCCAAGGGAUUUGUCGCCAUGAUUCUAGCCGGUCCCUUUUUGACGGGAUACACCCAAACCAUUAAUGAUUGGUACGAUCGUGAAAUUGAUGCCAUCAAUGAACCCUACCGACCCAUCCCCUCGGGUGCUAUUUCCGAAGGGGAAGUCAUUGCGCAAAUUUGGGUCCUCUUGUUGGGAGGAUUGGGUAUCGCCUAUGGACUCGAUGUCUGGGCAGGACAUGAUGUUCCCACGGUUCUGUUGCUUUCCAUUUUUGGAUCUUUCAUCUCUUACAUCUACUCAGCACCUCCUCUCAAGUUGAAGCAAAAUGGAUGGGCUGGAAACUACGCCCUGGGAGCUUCCUACAUUUCCUUGCCAUGGUGGUGUGGACAAGCUGUCUUUGGAGAACUGGAUAGACCAGUCUAUUUCAUUCUUCCCAUUCUCUACUCGAUUGCUGGAUUGGGAAUUGCUAUUGUAAAUGACUUCAAGUCCAUCGAGGGAGACCGAGAAAUGGGAUUGCAAUCUCUUCCCGUGGCCUUUGGCAUCGACAAGGCCAAGUGGAUCUGUGCCGGAUCCGUCACAUUGACCCAACUUGGCGUUGCUGCCUACUUGUAUUCGCUCGGCGAAUCCUUGUACGCAGGAAUCCUCAUGGCUCUAAUCUUGCCACAAAUGUACUUUCAAGCAACUCUCUUGUUGCCAGACCCCGUUGAGAAUGAUGUCAAGUACCAAGCAUCCGCUCAACCGUUCCUAGUCUUUGGAAUUUUGGCCACAGGUCUCUGCGUUGGACACCAUGAUUUCUCUGUCUAACCAACGAGCAAACAGACUACGAUACUCAAAUGCAAUAGUAGAUAAAGCUGCUAGAAAUUGGCUCUCAUAUUCUC